AUGCUCCUUCUACGUUCACUCAGUCUGUUGCUGGUUGUGAGCGCGUGCCCAGCGUUGUCUGCGUCAAUUGGCCUGAACAGCAAUCCGCCCAGCAUCAGUCUUGGCCAAGCGACGGUGGUUGGCUCGUCUGCAAAUGGCAUCGAGGUAAGCGACUUCAAAUUCAGGCUUCUUGGCGAACGACUUCACUAACCCAUUCGCGAUUCUUGCAGUCCUUCAGAGCUUUGCGAUAUGGCAAGGCUCCGGUAGGAAAGCUUCGCUUCAUGCCACCCGUGAAGGCUGAUGCACCCACCGGAGUGCUCCAAGCGACGCAAAAUCCACCCUCUUGUCGCCAGAUGCCGCUUAUACAACGUGAGAGCGCCCCGCAAACUAUCACGACACAGUCUAAGACUUAUCUGCCAUUCCGUCACGCUUUACGUAGCACCCGCAAAUCCAUACACCGAUGCCAUUAAUAAAUUCUUCAACUCGCAGAACGACAGCGCCUUCGCUCAAGGAUUCGCACGUCUCAAUGCACCAACCAACGGUGGACAGAGAGGAAGCGAAGUCAGUGCGCUGCCAAGCUCCAAAACGUAUGAUGCUUGCUGACCGCGACAUCCUCCUCGCGCGAAAUCCAGGACUGCUUAUUUCUGAACGUGCACCGUCCAGUGGGCACCAAACGAGACGCGAAGCUGCCAGUGCUUUUCUGGAUGUACGGCGGUGGCUUUCAGUUUGGGUCGCUUGACACCUACGAACCCACAAGCCUCAUUCAGCGCUCUGUCAGCCAGAAACAACCAAUGAUCUACGUUUCCAUCAACUACCGUGUCGCAGCUUACGGCUUCCUUGGCGGGCCAGAGAUAAAGUCAGCAGGUUCGGGCAACAUGGGAUUGCGCGAUCAGCGCCUUGCGAUGGAAUGGGUACACGAUAACAUUGCCGCCUUCGGUGGAGAUCCGUCAAAGGUGACCAUCUGGGGCGAAUCAGCAGGCGCCAUCUCGGCUGGACUGCAUCUCGUGUCGCGCGGCCAGACAAGCUCGAAGGGGCUGUAUCGUGCUGCCAUCAUGGAGAGGCGAGUGAAAUCAUAAGGACAGCCUUGUUUGAGCGUGGAUGCUGACGUCAACGAAAUGCGUCAUCUUGAAACAGCGGAAGCCCCUACGGUCUCGCCAAGACAGAGGAUGUUACUCGGCCCAUCGCAGUACUAUCGGGCGCUGCGGGAUGCAACAGCGCUCCCGCAGGGCGGCUUGCUUGCUUGCAGGCCCUCAGCGCAGACGCGCUAGAUAAUGCAAUGAAUCAAGUCCCCGGAUUGGGGACCUGGUCCGGCGUGACUCUAGCCUGGCCACCAACUGUUGACGGGGAUUUUAUUCCUGGUGAGGCUGCGUGGCAGAUCAGAUAGGUGCGCCGUGCGGAAACAACGUUGACGAUUUCUGUUACCCUCAAGACACUCCCGACAACCUCGUCGCACAAGGAAAGUUCAAUCGAGAUGUUGCGAUAGUCAAUGGCGACAAUGAGGAUGAAGGUACCAUCCUGACCACGCCUGCCGUUACCCUAAACACGACGGACGACGCGGGAUUCAAGCGUUGGGUUCGAGAAGUAAGUCUGGUCCGCUUGCUUGAGCACGUGCGAGACAUGCUGAUCUUCCUUCGAAUACGGUCAUUCUAGGUCCUCUACACCGAUAUUUCCGAGGCGGAUUACCAGCAACUCGCCAAGUUGUACCCAAACAAUCCUGCUGACGGCAGUCCGUAUGGCACAGGGCUGUACGGUGCUCUGAGUUCGCAGAACAAACGCGUUGCUAGCAUCUUUGGUGGUGAGUUUUGUAACGCGGCAACACUAAGACUGACUCCCCGCUCACGUUGAAAGCUAUGCGCCUCUACACAACGACAUGACAGACGCUACCUUUCAAGCCCCCCGCAAGCGUCUCCUAAAGGAGGUACAGAAGUAUCAGCCGCGCAACACGUUUUCAUACAACUUCAGAGGUUUCAAGGUACGUAUCGGAAGACGUAGUGCACAUGGGGGCUGUGGAUUGUGGUCAACUGAUCGUCUUCCACAAACCUUCUACAGUACGUAUUCCUGAUCGGAUCCUUCCAUGCCUCGGAGCUACUCUACACGUAUGGAUUUGUCAACACUCGACUCACCGAAGAAUUUCAGUCUAGAUUCAUCGCGUUCGUCUCUACCUUGAACCCUAACUUCAACAACGGCCAGCUCGCCUGGCCCGUCUAUGGUCAAGACAGAAAGGUGUUGACGCUCGACGAGCUCACAACGACGGUGCAGCCAGACAACCAGCGCGAUGAGCCUCAGGCAUUCCUCGAUAGCCUCGCGCUUAGGGGUCUCGGGCCCAAAUACCGAAUCUGA